AUGGCGGCAAAGUUCUUCCUCAUUGCCCUUCUGGCUCUGUCAUUUUCCCGUGCUCGUGCCUCGGACCCGAGCCAGCUCCAAGAUUUCUGCGUCGCUGACAGGACAUCCCAAGUUUUUGUCAAUGGAUUUGCCUGCAAGGACCCGAAGGCUGCGGAGGUAGAAGACUUCUUCUUCUCUGGCCUUCACAUGUCCGGGAACACGAGCAACAAGCAAGGCUCCGCUGUGACGGCGGUUAAUGUGGCGCAUAUUGCUGGGCUGAACACUUUGGGCAUCUCCUUGGCUCGGGUUGAUUAUGCUCGAUAUGGUCAAAACCCACCCCACAUCCACCCCCGUGCAUCUGAGAUCCUGACGGUGGUAGAAGGCUCACUCUAUGUUGGUUUCGUGACCUCGAACCCCGAGAACAAGUUGUUCUCAAAAGUUCUUAACAAAGGGGAUGUUUUUGUGUUUCCACAAGGGCUAAUUCACUUUCAGUACAACUGCGGAACCAAAAAAGCUAUAGCCAUUGCGGCGCUGAGCAGCAAGAACCCUGGAGUGAUCACCAUAACCAAUGCGGUGUUUGGAUCCAAGCCGUCCAUCUCAGAUGAUAUCAUUGCCAAAGCCUUCCAGGUGGACAAGAAGAUUGUUGACCAUAUUCAAGCUCAGUUCUAA